AGCACUGGAAAAACAUGGAAGGGAGAAACCUGAGCCGAGGGACUGAGUUUGAGCUCUUGGGUCUCACCAGUGACCCUCAGCUCCAGAGGCUGCUCUUUGUGGUGUUCCUGGGGAUCUACACCAUCACUUUAUUGGGGAACUUGGUCAUGUUCCUUCUGAUCCAUGUGAGUGCCACCCUGCACACGCCCAUGUACUCCCUCCUGAAGAGCCUUUCCUUUUUGGAUUUCUGCUAUUCCUCCACAGUUGUCCCCCAGACCCUGGUGAACUUCUUGGUCAAGAGAAGGGUGAUCUCCUAUCUGGGCUGCAUGGCUCAGAUGUUCUUCUAUGCGGGUUUCGCCACCAGCGAGUGCUAUCUCAUCGCAGCCAUGGCCUAUGACCGCUAUGCCGCUAUUUGUAACCCCCUGCUCUACCCAACCAUCAUGUCUCCUGAGGUCUGUGCCAAUCUGAUUGUGGGCUCCUACAGUGUCGGGUUUCUUAAUUCUCUUAUCCACACAAGCUGUAUCUUCAGUCUGAAAUUCUGUGGUGCUCACGUGGUCACUCACUUCUUCUGUGAUGGACCACCCAUCCUGUCCCUGUCCUGUGUGGACACUUCACUGUGUGAGAUCCUGCUCUUCAUUUUUGCAGGUUUCAACCUUUUGAGCUGCACUCUCACCAUCUUGAUCUCCUACAUCUUAAUCCUCAUCACCAUCCUGAGAAUGAGCUCAGCCCAGGGCAGGUUCAAGGCAUUUUCCACCUGUGCUUCCCACCUUACUGCCGUCUGCCUCUUCUUUGGCACAACACUUUUUAUGUACCUGCGUCCCAGGUCCAGCUACUCACUGACCCAGGACUGCACAGUUGCUGUGAUCUACACGGUGGUGAUCCCGAUGCUGAACCCAUUAAUUUAUUCUUUGAGGAACAAGGAUGUAAAGGAGGCCUUAAGAAAAGUUUGGAGCAGGAAAACAAUAGAAUGA